AUGGCGACGGUACCAAAAGAACCCAUCCUGGGCGGCGGCCCAAAGACUCUGGAAAAGAAACCCGUCAAGUUUAGCAACCUGCUUCUGGGAGCUGGACUCAACAUGUUCGAAGUGACAACUUUGGGCCAACCUCUCGAAGUCAUCAAGACAACCAUGGCUGCAAACCGGAAGGACGGCUUCACAGGUGCUAUGGGGCGGAUAUGGGGCAGAGGUGGGGCUCUAGGCUAUUUUCAAGGCUUGAUACCCUGGGCCUGGAUCGAAGCCUCAACCAAGGGCGCCGUCCUCCUCUUCGUCGCCUCGGAAGCCGAAUACUACGCCAAAGUGGCCGGAGCCAAUGAUUUCACUGCUGGCAUCGGAGGGGGUAUGGCAGGUGGUGUUGCUCAAGCAUAUGCGACCAUGGGCUUCUGCACCUGCAUGAAAACAGUCGAGAUCACGAAACACAAGAUUGCCGCCUCUGGGCAAAAACCACCGGGCACGAUGGAGACGUUCAUGGAUAUUUGGCGUCGUGAGGGUAUCAGAGGCAUCAACAGAGGUGUAAAUGCGGUCGCAAUACGGCAGACGACGAAUUGGGGGAGCAGAUUUGGGUUGAGUCGGCUGGCAGAAUCCGGGAUCAGAAAUGCGACGGGCAAAGAGGAGGGGCAGAGACUGUCUGGGCUUGAAAAGAUCAUAGCGAGUGGAAUUGGUGGUGGGAUGAGCGCUUGGAAUCAGCCUAUCGAGGUCAUCCGGGUCGAGAUGCAAAGCAAGACCGAGGAUCCGAACCGACCGAAGAACUUGACAGUUGGGAAGGCUUUCCGAUACAUUUAUGCUAACAAUGGUCUGAAGGGACUGUACCGGGGUGUGACGCCUAGAAUCGCGUUGGGCAUGUGGCAGACGAUCUGCAUGGUGGGCUUCGGUGAUAUGGCCAAAGAAGCCGUAGAGAAGCUCACUGGUGACAAAGUCACAGCCAAACACUAG